AUGCGAGAAGGAGAAAAUGUUGCGCAUGUACUUAGUGAUACAUCAACCAGAGAUUUUGGACUGAAUAUAAGCUUUUGUCGAGGGCAAGGUUACGACAAUGGUGCAAAUAUGAAAGGUAAAAAAAUAGGUUUACAAAAGCGAAUAUUAGAUUUGAAUCCUUUGGCUUUUUACCUUCCAUGUGGAAGUCAUUCUCUCGAUUUGGUUAUUUAUGACGCAGUGACGUUUGGCUUUAAACAAGCAACGGUUGAUCCCAAAGAGUUAGCUGAAGAGUUAAACAUCGAUGCAAUAUUUAAGCCGCUUAAAAGAGUACGACGAGUGAAACGUCAUUAUGAUGAAAAUGCUGCUGACGAACCAAUUCAAAAUCCCGAGAAGAAACUAGAAGUGACAUUUUUAAACCCUUUAUUAGAUACAUGUCUGUCGUCAAUAAAUGAAAGAUUUGAACAACUUAAUGAAUAUGUAAAUAUAUGGAGUUUUUUAUUUAAUUUGGAUAAUUUGCCCAUCAAGAAUGAACUUUUUAAAUUGUGUAAACAAUUACAAGAAAAAUUAACUGUAAAUACAAAAUCAGAAAUUGAUGGUACUUUGCUAUGCGACGAACUAAUAAGUUUAUAUUCAAAUACAUGGAUUGUUCUGCGCAUUCUUCUUACAAUACCUGUUACUGUUGCUAGUGGAGAACGUAGUUUUUCUAAACUGAAGUUAAUCAAAACAUAUUUAAGAAAUACCAUGUUGCAAGAUCGACUUAAUUCUCUAUCUAUGUUAUCAAUUGAGCAAGAUAUAGCUGAAAAUUUAAAUUUUUCUACAAGUAUUCAAGACGGACCAUUAGGGGCUUGA